GUGACCACCCGCAGUCUUCCUUCUGGUCGGACCGCGCGGCGCAGCUUCCGCUUCCGGCGCUGGCUGGCCCGUCAUGGCGGCGCCCAAUGAGGGAAGGGAGCGGAGGGCUUUCGGAAGGCGGCUCCUCACCGACCCUGCCCGGCUUUUCCAGCACAACGCCUGGGAUAAUGUGGAAUGGUCAGAAGAGCAGGAAGCCAGUGCCAGGAGUAAAGUUCAAGAAAACAGCUCGCAACUAUUGCCACAAGAUAAACAAGAGGAAUAUGAGGUGAAUGCUAAGAAAUACUGGGAUGACUUCUAUAAAAUCCACGAAAAUGGCUUCUUCAAGGACAGGCACUGGCUGUUCACUGAAUUUCCUGAGCUAGUGCCUCACAGGAUCUCAAGUCAAAAUAGAGAUUCUGUGCAUGGAUUUAGUGACACAGAAGAAUCCAAAAAAGAAGGGCUGGGAAGCUGUGAAAAUUGCCAUUGCUCAUUGGAAACCAGGACAGAGAAGCAGUUAAACCUGGUAAAAAGCCCACCUGAAGGCCACACGGAGGAGUUGGCUGCACAGAAACACAGUGAGCUGAGUCAGUGUGAUGGGCAUUACCCAGGAUCAGCUGCAUCUUACCGGAUAUUAGAGGUUGGCUGCGGGGCUGGGAAUACAGUCUUCCCAAUUUUACAAACCAACAAUGACCCAGGCUUGUUCGUUUAUUGCUGUGAUUUUUCUACAGCAGCUGUGGAUCUUGUCCAGAACAAUGCAGAAUAUGAUUCUUCUCGCUGCUUUGCUUUUGUCCAUGACCUGUGCAAUGACCAAAGUCCUUUCCCAAUGCCAGAGGAGAGUCUUGACAUUGUUAUUCUUAUCUUUGUCCUCUCAGCAAUUCUCCCAGAGAAAAUGCAGUGCAUUGUGACCAGACUGAGUCGCCUUCUGAAACCAGGGGGAAUGAUCUUGUUGCGAGAUUACGGCCGUUAUGAUCUCGCCCAGCUUCGGUUUAAGAAAGGUCAAUGUCUGUCUGAUAACUUCUAUGUAAGAGGUGAUGGCACCAGAGUUUACUUCUUCACACAAGAUGAAUUAGAUCAUCUGUUCACCACAGCUGGGCUGGAAAAAAUCCAGAAUCUGCUUGAUCGGCGAUUGCAAGUGAACCGUGGGAAACAGAUGACGAUGUAUCGGGUGUGGAUCCAGUGCAAGUACUGCAAACCCACCACCCUCCAGCCAUGAGGCAUGUGGACUUUGGGCUGGAGCCUCUUCAUCUCCUCCUGGUGACAUGUGUGUGAUGCCAUUCUGCACACCCAUGACCUCAGUGCCUUGUACCAUGCCUGACACCACUUCAAGUGAGUUUUGCUAAGGAUGAAUGCCCUGAGAGUAGAGCAAGCAUUUUAGAUGUCAUAGAAUCACAGAAUAUACUGAGUUGGGAAGGACCUGUGAAGAUCAAGUCGAACUCCUGGCCCUGCACAGGACACCCCAACAAUCCCACCCUAUCCCUGAAAGCAUUUUCCAAACACUCCUUGAGUUCUGGAAGCCUUGGGGCAGUAACCCAUUCCCUGAGGAACCAGUUCAGUGCCCAACCACUCUUUGUGGGAAGAACCUUUUCCUGAUAUCCAGCUUAACCCUCCCUGGACACAGCUGCAGCCAUUUUCUGGAGUCCUAUCCCUGGUCAGGAGAGUGAAGAGGUUGGUUCCUGCCCCUCUGCUGUCACUCAGGAGGAUGUUGAAGAUGCCAGUGAGGUUCUGACCUCAGUCUCCUCUUCUCCAGCUGAACAGACCAAGUGCCCUCAGCCAGUCCUCAUAUGUCUUCCCCUCAAUGCCCUUCACCAUUCUCACGGCCCUUCUCUUGAUGGUCUCUAGUGGCUUAAUGUCUUUUUUAUAUUGCGGUGUCCAAAACUGCCCCCAGCACUUAAGGUGGGGCUGCCCCAAAGCAGAGCAGGACAAUCCCCUACCUGACCAGGAAUGCUUUACCUAAUGCCCCAGGACACAGAUGUCCUUCCUGGCUGCCCGGACAGUACUACCUCAUGUUCAGCUUGCCAUGGACCAAGACUCCCAAGUCCCUUCCUGCAGCUGCUCUCAGCCUCAUUCCCCAGUCCGCCCACACAUCUAGUCUUGCCCCUUCCCACAUGCAGAAUCCAGCACUUUCCCUUGUUGAACUUCCCACAAUUGGUGAUUGCCCAUUUCUCUGAUUUGUCAUGGUUUCUCUGGAGGCCCUCUCUGCCCUUGAAAGACUCAACAGCUCCUCCCAGUUCAGUGCAGACAGCAAAAUUCCUAAGUUUUCCUUCAAGUCCUGCAUCCAGGUCAUUAAUGUGGAUGUUGAAGAGCACAGAUUUGAGAAGGGUGCCCUUUAAGUGUCAUGCUACGGGUCUGCAUUUUAAAAAUUAUUUAUGGUUUUAACCUAAGAGAUGGUCUUGGUGUCUUACCGCAGCUGAGCAAGGUGAAUAGUUACUUGCUCAUACUCUGGAUUUCCAUAUGAAACAGGAGAGCUCUGACCUUAUUUCUAUCUUGUACUCUUGUCUUGGCAACAAACAUACAAAGGAUAAACCUGCUCUUCUCUGCAACUGCUUGCUGAUAUGAAUCCAUUAGCCAGCUUAUCUCGUGCAGCUAUUUCCUAGUCAUUCAGGUGUAUGCUAGUACAUUGAUCUGAGGGCAGGAACUGAGAGUAUGUAAGUCUCUCUGUACUAGCUUUCCCUGGAUGAUUUAAGGUGUGGAAAAAGCAAAUGAUGCUGUUCUGCCCAUCCACAAGGAUAUCCUCCCAGAGAAUCUGCAAAUAAUAGCUCAGAUGCUAUAAAUUACUCUCAGGCAGGGUUCAGGUUUUCAAAAGUUUGCGGCUGAUGCCGAUUUUAGGGCACCUUCAGAGUGCAGCAGAUCAGAAGCAGCUAACAGGACUAGGGUUUAUAAAUAGUUAUCUGCUUUUCCUGCUGGCUGCAGCUCCCAGGUUACAAACUGCUCUGCCAUGGGGAUGUGCUAAAUCAAAACAUGAGACACUUUCUUUAAUCCGAAAUCUCCAGGAGGUUUAAUUUUUGCACUGUAGUUUAAUGUCUUAAGAGGAAGCCACCACUGUGGCUUUCAGAAGGGAUUUCCCUGUCUUUGACAGCAAAUACCUUUUAUCUCAGCUUGUUUUCUUCUGUUAUUUUUAAGUGUAGUACAACAGAUACUAGAAUAAGUUUCAUGCUUUUCAGUGUUGGUUUGAUUCAUGUAAAUCAUGCUUGCAAAAACUGUAGCAAUGGGGAACAAAGUGACAUGGACCCCCUUAUGCAUCCAAAGGAGAUGGCUUUAUGGUAGAAAUCGCCCCUUUUUUAUACCUUUAAUCUCCACCUGACAUGACUAAAACCAAACCGAGGCCUAACAGAACUUAAUGGAAAGAAGGUACCCAUUGGCUGGCUCAUUGCAGUGCUGCUGUCCACACAUCCUAUCACCCAAUCAGCUUCCUGCUCAUACACUGUCCACGCUUUCCUCCAGACAAUCACAACCUCACUUCCAGCUGUCACUCAGCUGACUCUCUCCUCACUCAUAACUGCCUCUCACCCCUCAACCAACUUCUACUGUCCAGCCUCCUGCUGUGCCUUUCCCACAGGGCCUUCUGGUGAGCAUAAGCCUUAGGAACUUUAACAAUUAUACCCACAUCUCCCUGCCUGCUUUGUUUUUAUUAGGCAACAAAAACCUACUAGAAAAAACCUAAACAACUCCUAAAACAUUAAUAACUGUGACAACCAUAAUAACUAUAAAAACUUUUCAAAAACUGUAACAUGCUUAUAACAUAGCAACUAUAUGCACAUGGAAUCAGAAUGGUGCAACAAAAGGUUGCACUCACCUUGAUGGGAUCCACUCUACCUAGUGGCCUGUGGAGACACAGACAUAACCUCUUCCCCAUGUCAUUAAGUCCAGGGGUCCUUUCCAUUGUCCAGUUAAUUUACUAUUUACCAUUAAAUUUUAUUUUACUAAAGGCCUUUACCAUUACUGGAGGUCUUAGAUGAGUCUUUGUGUUGAAGGAAUACUGUCUCUCACAUGCAGUUUUUCCCAUCUCAUCCCAAUUUAAAAAAAUUCAGGACGUAUAAGGCUUUAGCUAGUCUGCCAUGAGGACACCCCAACUCCCCCUCCUUUUGUUUUCCAAGCAUGGUUUUAAGGGUUCUGUGGGCAUGCUCGGCGAUAGCUUUCCCUGUGGGAGAGUGGAGAAUGCCCAUAUGCUGAAACACACCCCGUUGCUGCAAGAAGUUAGCAGCUCGCUCUGAGGUGUAGGCAGGUCCGUUGAUGGUGUCAGGAAGGCCCAGAGUGGUGAAACAGGUGCGCCAGUGCCGGGUGGUAUCACAGGCCUUCUCUCCGCUAUGAGAAGUUGCCAUUAGAAAAUGGGAAUAGGUGUCAAUAGAAACAUGAACAUAUUUCAAACGACCAAACUCUGGGAUAUGGGUAAUACCAGUUUGCCAGGUGGAGUUAGCUGUUAAACCUCAGGGAUUAGUACCUUCUGAUAAAGGAGCAGGAGCAGUCCCACAACAGGAGGGACAAGACAACAGGAUAUCAUGAGCCUGUGAGGAGGUCAAUUGAAAUUGUUUGCGAAGAGAAUGAGCAUUCUGGUGGAAAAAGUCAUGAGAUAACUUGGCUUGAGUAAAAGUAUUUGGUACCACACCUGUCAUCACAGUAAUAUCUGCAUAGUUACUACCUUCUGCAAUAGGCCCAGGUAAACCUGUGUGGGAGCAAACAUGUAACACAGAAAAAUCAUGCUGCUGGCUGUUAAUCAAAGUCCACAGUGUUCUUAACUCUGUAAACAAAAGAUGGUUAUUAACAUGCUUUAAAUAUGAAGAUUCUAAACAGAAUGCAACAUUGGGAGCAUAUGAGGAAUCAGUUAUGAUGUUAAGUGGUUCCUUUGGAAAUAACUGAAAGUCAUAUCAGAUAGCAGCCAAUUCUAAAAUUUAUACGGAAGCAUCUUUUAACAUUAAUACCAUUUUAUGCCACUGGGCAGAGUCACCUCCACGCCAAAUCACUGCAGUUUUGUUGGUUUUGCUGGAUGUGUCUGUAAAAACAGUUGGUCCAUUGACAGGGGGUCAUGCUGCAGUGACGCUUUGCGUACAAGGGGAGGUUACCUGUCUCUGUCUAUAAACAAUGGGAUAAUGGAUAGAUAAUUGUCCAGAAAAAUCUGCAAGUUCGAUUUGAAAGUUAGUGUCUUCUGAUAGUAACCUUGUGAAAUUUCUUGCCAUGUCUUUACUUGCAGGCAUGUAAAUGGUAUGUGGAUCUUGGCCGUUGAGAGUUUGUAGUCACUCUUUGCCUUUCUUAAUUAAAUUAGAGGACAUAUCAUUAACAGUCCACACAGUCCUUGUUGCUGUGAGGUAAGAAUAACCAUUCUAACACACGUAAAGGGUCUUUAUCAUUAACAAACCAUUAAAACAAAGCAGCAAAAUGUUGAAAUUUGCCAGCAGUUAUAACAAGGUACACAGAUUAAUCAGGAUCCCACCUCCAAUUUUAUCAGUUUUCUAGUGCUUGAACACAGUGUGCAAAGGCAGUUUUAGUUUCUGGGGUCAGCUGUUGAAGCAAAUGUGGUUAGGGGUUUCCUCUGAGUAAGUCAAAAAAAGGGUGUAAAAGUUCUGUAGAUAGACCCAAAACAGGAUGCAACCAAUUUAAGGAACCUAGGAGUUUGUGUAAUUCAUUUAAAGUGAGGAUGUCUUUAACACAAAGCUGUAAAGGCUGAGGGCUGAUGGUCUGUUGAGUAAUUCUCCACCCCAGAUAAUGCCACAGGGACUCAUGUUGCAGCAUUUCAAGUGCCACGAGGAGUUCUGCCUUUUGAAUUGCCUGUGUGACAACUACCUGGAUAGAACAUAAGAUGGAUUGAUUGUGAGCUGCAAGUAAAAUCUCAUCCAUAUAAUAUAUAUGGUUGCAGCAGGAAAUUUAUGAUGGACAGUCUGUAGGGCAAGAUUGACUACACUUUGGCAUGUAGUUGUACUGUUACAUAUGCUUUGUGGUAACAUGGUCCAAAGAAAUCUUUUCAUUGUUUCUCCAUGAUUCAAGGUAGGGACAGAAGAGGCAAACCAAGGUGCAUCAUUAGGAUGUAAAGCGAUGGUAAAAAAAAAGUCUGUUAGACCUAAAAUUAAUUAAGAGUCAAUUGAGGGGCAUCAUUGUGGGUGAUGGAAGCCCUGGCUGCAGAGGCCCUGUGGGUUCAAUAACUGCAUUUACUGUCUGUAGGUACUCCAAUAAUCACCACUUCCCAUUUUGCUUAGGUAUACAGAAUAUAGGGGCAUUCCAGGGGCUUGAAGAUGGGCAGAUAUUGCUUAAGGACAAUUGCUCUUCCACAAGCUGUUUUGAAUUGAGUAACCGUUCCUUUCAUAGGGGCCAUUGGUUGAUCCACACAGGGUCUUCAGUCUGCCAUGUGAGUUUACAUAUGUCCAGUAUUUGAUUUUGGAAUGGUUGAUCAAUGGCCCCUAUGAAAAAAGGUUCUCCAGUGAGGUUGAGUCUAUUUGUAUGAUUAUUCCAAAUUGUCCCACAACAUCUCUUUCCCGUAGUGUGGAUGGUAUAGAGGCAAUGAAUGGGGCAAAUCCAGGCAGUUUGCCUAUCAGAGCCAAGGACAAGCCGAAGGUGAGCACUUGGUCUAGGGUGCUGCAUUCCUCCUACCCCAGUUAGGGUCAGUGUGGGGCUGAUUGUCGGCCAAAUACUAAGCCAUUGGUUGCUUUUAUAAUAGAGAUAUCAGCUCCAGUAUCAACAAGCCCUUUAAAAUUUUUGCCAUCUAUACUGCAAAUUAAGGUUGCCUGAGCUGUUGUAAUAGAGCUUGUCCAGAAAACCUGUGGCUGACCUGUGCUACCAAAGUUGUUUGUGCCAUGUUUACCCUUGCCACUAGGGGUUUUGUUGGAAAAGGGAAUAAGUUGUGCUAUAUAUUGACCUGCAGGUGUAAAGAAGGGUGGCACAGGAGUCCAUAGCAUAAUCUGUGUUUCUCCUUUAUAAUCCGAAUCAACAACUCCAGGUAGUACAAAAAGUCCCAAUUUAGUGGCAGAGAAAUGCCCUAUUAGCAAAGCAUGGAUGUUUUUACCAAGGGCUCCCCACACUCCAGUAGGAACUAUGUGCUCUGAAGAUGUCAUAAGAGUUACUAAUUCUCUGGAGGCAAGGUUCAGCCCUACACUUCUGUGGUUGCAGGCAGGAGUUUGCUUUGUCAAAUGUUUUGCCUUGCAUUUUUUUAAUUCUCUGGGGUGCACAGACCUGCCCCCUGCCAGAAGCUUUCUGGCUGCGUAGCUUUCCCUUUUACAGGGUACUGGGAGCAGCAUUCAACAGCCCAGUGCUUCCCUCUUCCACACCAAGGACAAUCUAUAGGUGGUAUUUUUAUCCUGUCCCUUUGUUGAAGGCAAUCCUUUUUAAAAUGAUCCAUGGAACUGCAUUUAAAACAACCCCCCGCCUGCAUGUCCAAAACCUGGAAGUGUGCAGCUAAAGCUGCUGCUUAAGAGUUAGUAUUAUAAGCAGUAGUUCCCACAUUUUGGCAUGCUCUAACCAUAUCUGCUAUGUCACAAGUAUGCGAGUUUCGAAAAGUGAGCAAUGCUUUUCUAGGCAUAUCUUCAUGAACGAAGAAUGUCUUCAUUUGCAUUUGUGAAAGCAAGCUGCCGCAACAGAAAAACUCUGGCUUCAUCAUUAUCAAGUUGCCAGGAGGGCACGGCUUGUAGUCUGUCCAGGAGCUACACAAACGACUCCUCCAGACCCUGUAAAAUCUUAGCAAACAACAUGUUAGAAUUGAUACCCAUCCCUGGGAGUCACCACGGUGCUUGCAAAACUAGGUGGGUGACGAUGUCAUACACAUGACACGGGUAGCCUGCCUGUGCUGUAGGGACUGCAAGAGCACCCGCCCUGGUCAGCUACAAUGACAAUUGGUGGAUUCUGUCUCACAGCACUUCCGCCUGAGUUGUACACAGUUCUCAGUAUUUGAUUAGCCAGACUGAAAACUGCACUGCUGUUAGAAUAAUUUUCAUUAUGCUUUUCUAGUCAUGGGGUAUGAGGACAAACGCAGUACUGAGGUAGUUUAGGGCAUAAUGGGAAGAUAUGCCCCUUUCUUUUACUAGCAUCCUUGGUUCUUUAAUUACUUUAUAGUCUAGCUCCCGGUACACUGGUGUUCUUUUGACGCAUAUAUUGCUGGGCAGGCUGUAACAACCACCAAGUCGCCCUCCUUCAUGGCAGCCUCCCUGCAUUUCUGCCAAUGCUGGACUACUGCGUUGCCAUUUUGGGCAGGGAGAGAGCCUGCCACCUGCCUGUGACACAGGAACUCCACACUGAGGGGAUCAACUACACCAGGAUUUCCAUCAGGGUAAGGCAAUUCUGUGGGGCUUGGGUUAAUCUCGGGGUAAGGCAAUUCUGCAGAGUAUGAGUUAACCUCAGGCUUGUAUACAGGGUGUGGUGGCACUGAGGGUUCAGGGAAAUCAAUUUCUGAAACCGCAUAAUGGCUGCCAUUCACACAAUUUAAUGGCCACCAUGAUUGUUCCCCAUGUGACCAGGUGCUCACAAGUUUCAGCAUAGCCGUCUUUGGUGGUAUCAAAAGGUCUCUGCCCCGCCGCUUGCCAGUCUGAUGAAAGGGGUCUGUUAAAGGGAAAAUCUUUAACAUUACUAGACACCCCAUGCAGCAGGGUGCUAAGUUUCACAUCAGCCAUAUUAAUAGAUUGCUGAUCGCCUUACCUGGUCCAAGUUCCUGCUUUGUUCCAGGGAUAUUCCACCUCCCAUAUUCUUUCCGCGGGUGUGAUGUUGCGUCCAGAUCACAGGGGUCGAUCGGCAUGUGCACCAGGAGUGGGCACACCCUACCGGCAGGGAGGAUUGCGGUUCGGCCACUGGCUGGGAUCCAGAGGACCAGGAGCAGCCCAUAAAUGUGGACCCAACGCCGAAGGAUCAGGGCAAAGGAAAAAAGGAAGGACUCUUUGCUUGCUUCUUUGAGCUGCUUUAUUUCUUUGCUGCACAGAAGCGGUGCCAGGGCAGCGCCACGUGGAAUCGGCAGUGCGGCACAGGAGUCAUUCUUUCCCACGGCAGGAGCAGCACUGAAGCAAGGCAGGUGACGCAACAUUUGUGGGCAGCGGCAGCAGUGGCCAUGAGGGCCGUGGUGGCUGCAGCAGCGAUCUCUCCUGCAGCAGGAGCCACAGCUGCACAGGUGGCAGCGAUCUCUCCCGCAGGAGGAGCGGAGCAGCUGAUGCCAAGCGGGUGUUCUUCUUUCUCAUGGCGGAGAGCAUUGCCAGCUGCAAAGAGCUGCGCCACGCGGGUGCGGGCAGGGCACAGGUGCUGGCAGGGCAUGGAAGCCACGCAGCUCAAAGAGGGGGCAGUGGUAGAGAGUGGGGAAACAGAGACAAACAGUGUCUUUUAUGGAGAGGGGGUGGAAUCCCGGGAGGGGACUGUGGCUACCUAGGAGGGAUCUGGGGGGAUAGAUGUAAACAUAGCCUAGAGCGGGAAAGUCACAGACCAAUGGUAGAAAGGAAGAAUCAUAACUGACAGCAAAUUCUCUAGAUAAAGGGCUGUAACAAGUCAUGACAGACAAUUUCCAGGGGCAAGAUUUUUGAGGAUAAACAGAGAAAAAUCUGGAAUUAUUAUAACUGCCACGGGGACAAACAACCCCAGACAGAGACAAAACAUACUCCUCAAACCCCCACUGCUAUAGGCAGGGAGAGAUCUUUAAACCCCACUGCCACACGGGUAUACUCACCUAUGCUAGUUGAGGUGCAUGCACUUUUGAUUCUUGAGUUCUUUCCCAAACUUUCCUGGAUCCGUUUCCCUGGAUCCCUCCCAGACUCUCCCCAGCCAGCCCAUCCCUUAACCCAGUGGGAGUUGCUACCAGGGCAAUAACACACACCCUGCACCACUUUAAAGGUCCUGAUUUGGGCUAGCCAUUCUGUAGCAAUGGGGAACAAAGUGACAUGAACCUCUUUAUGCAUCCAAAGGAGAUUGCUUUAUGGUAGAAAUCGCCCCUUUUUUAUACCUUUAAUCUCCACCUGACAUGACUAAAACCAAACCGAGGCCUAACAGAACUUAACAGAAAGGAGGUACCCAUUGGCUGGCUCAGCUGCAGUGCUGCUGUCCACACAUCCUAUCACCCAAUCAGCUUCCUGCUCAUACACUGUCCAUAUGUUCCUCCAGACAAUCACAACCUCACUCCCAGCUGUCACUCAGCUGACUCUCUCCUCACUCAUAACUGCCUCUCACCCCUCAACCAACUUCCAACCGUCUGGCCUGCUGCUGUGCCUUUCCCACAGGGCCUUCUGGUGAGCAUAAGCCUUACCAAUUUCAACAGUUUACCAGUUGUAUCAUAUCCCCCAAAAACCUCAUGUGCUUGUGUGAGCCUGGGCCACCCUUAGGGAACUACAGUUUUCUUCUGUUACAAGUCUCACUAGUGCCUGCCCUUUAGCUGAAGAAGAAAAAGCCUUGGCUGAUAUCUCUUGCCUUAUUUUAGUACAUGCAGCAUCAAGAUGUGUUGUUUGUGUCCUGCUGGCUGAAGCGCAGUUCCCCUGUAUUUUGUUUGCCAGACACUCAUAUUUGGAGCUUGACAUUGUCACCUCUAGAGCCACAUGGAUUAUGAAAAACUGCUAUCUUGAACUAGAGGAGAGAGGCUGUGCUAGUUUGAAAACAAACCAAUGGGAGAUCCCAGGUCAGAGCUACAGUUUAAUAGGGAAGGUAAAUAAAGGCAAGAAACACAGACUUAACCUGACAGAGUCAGGAUACAACCUGACACCCUGUUGGUCAUGGUGGUGAUAGUCCCGUUAAAUGGUGACUGCAGUCCUCUUGAAGUGAUAGAUGUGGUUCGGUUGAAGCAGUGAUCCUGUAGAAGGGUCUGGUCUUCCUCUGAAGGUCCAGUGGUGGUUAUGUAGCUCUUGUCCUCUGGGAAUCCAGUAGGUAGAGAUUCCUAUUUGGCUUCUGCUGAGCACAAGCCUGACCCACCCCAGAAGCUCUGCAGUCACUGCUGUGUUUUCAUGCUAAACUUACAAAGUCUGGUUCCCUGGCAAGGCUGAGGCCUCAGCCAAGGUCUAGACAAAACACAGCUCAAAUCUUCUGGCAGCAGGUGAGCAAGCUGAAGUCUCCUCAGCUUAUCCAGCUGCAGAGUCAGGCUUAGCAAGGGCCCUAUGAGCAUUAGACCUGACAUGACUCAUGUAACUACCUCAGUGACAGACCUCCUCCUUGUUACUGGAGCCUCAGGCAGUUCCGUGGGGUCCUUUCCUUCUUGGUCCCUGAAGGAAGACCUCCUCCUGGGGUAGCUUUAUCUCCCUGCAUGAAAAAAUUAUUGGGGUACACAAUCAGCAUAAUUAGUGUGAACUAAAGUAAUUUGAAAAAUUACUAAUUAAUUAAUCAACCAAAGGCUUGUAAGCAGAGCAGGAAAAUAUGUUUUUAAUUAUAAACACAAUUUAUGUAAGUUGAUGGACUCCCCUUUAAAUUCAAACUCCUGAAUGGGAGAAAAUGAAGGCUUAUUUAUUUGUGCUUUCAAGGCUUUAUCCCAGUUGCCUGGUUUUAACUUGGACUUCAAGCAAAAACUUGCAGCUGUGUGAGCCUGGAGCCAUUGGAGUGGCUCUUUGCCUUUCUUAAUGCUCUUAGUUUUGCUGGAGUAUUUAAGCAGUCAUUCAGCAGGGUCCAUGCUGGGCAGACGUGCUUUUGUUUCCUGUCCUCUUGGUGGUGUUCAGAAAGCAACAAGUUAAUGCCCUUGAAUUGAGCCAGGCCUCCUACAGACAGAUAGCGUUUGAGCUUACGUAACUAAUCCCUACCAGCUCCUCUUCUCUCAGAAGCUGCUGUUCUCCUGCCACUCCAGGACUUGCCUCCCACACAGCUCUGCUCAAGUGCCUUGGUUCUGACUUGCAGCAGCUUCUGCCAUUCCUACUUUGGACCUGCUGAGCAGACUGGGUUGUUCAAGCUUUCCAUCAUGUUCAAAGGAAAUUUCCACAUUAACUUUUACCGUGCUGAAAAAAUAAGUUUAGUGCCAUUAGUGUUUUGGGAGUUUUUUCCCCCUCUUCCUUCUUAGCAGAGUAAUGUUAACUCUAAAGCCUUUCUAAGCAUUUCUGCUCUGAUUUUGUUCCCAGCAUUCCAAGUCUUGUGGCCUGUGGCUUACAGGCAAUGCCAGUGUGGCCUGAUGAACCUCCCAGACAGAGGAGAUGAUUUCAUAGUUCUUCAUAUGCGCUGCCCCGGCGAUCUUGGAGCCAGGCAUUGUUACACUUUGGAAAAUCUGGUCCUCAGUCUUGCCAGAAGAUGGUGAAUUGCCUUGGAGUUUCAUAGAAUGUUUUGACUGGAAGGGAACUUUUUCAUCACCUGUUGUGACCCCUCAAAUAAUCCUUUCAUGUAGGGAUAAUGGUGUCAAGCCUGUGACUUUGAUUUGGACUUGGAGCUAUUACUUCAGAAAGGACUUUGAUCCAGCUGUGGUGCUGAGGGCUCCCUUCACUGCCUCCAGUGAAGGGCAAAGAAGCUUUUGCCUCCCCAGGUACAUAAUUCUCAGAACAUUAUGGUUUCACAGACAGGCUGUGAAUUGGGAGGCAGGAGGGAGCGGGGGAGGUGAUGUGAACAAGGGGCUGCGGGGUAUUUCUGAUGCUGUCACUUCAAAAUGAAGUAAAUUGUAAAUUCCACUGCGAAUCAGAGCUUUCACCUUAUCUUCCUGACAGCACAGUAAAGUGAGAACAGCAGUCAUCCAUAGUGAUUUGGAUUGUUACAACAAGGGUCAUCAAUCCAUAGUGAUUUGGAUUGUUACAACAAUGGUCAUCAAAAAAUUCUUUUGACCAGGCGUAUGUGAGAUCAGACACAAUUAUCUGCUCUCCCAAAUAAUUCUGCUCUGCCUUCUUUGGAUAUGCCACCACCAUUUCUAAUCUGCAGUGAGUUCUAGAGCUCUGGAAUAAAUGAAACCUGAUUAUUUUCAAUAGAAGUGUGAGCAGAGGAAAUCUCCUUGAGCGCACACCAGCAGCUUUUGGCAGUGUAUCAUAACGAAAGCUGGAAGAUCUUCUUGCUGUCAUUGGCAUUGGGAUGAACUCUGGCUUGUCCCCACUGGAUUCCCUACAGGAAUUGCAGCCCCAAACUGAACUUAACUGUUUUUUCUGAGCACUGCUGAAAGAUGCACAUGUUUUACUGCCUAGAAGUGAGGAUGGGGCUGCAGGGAUCAAGUUAUUACAGGAUUUGGGGAUCAUCCUUCCAUCUCUGUAAACACAGAUGAAGAGAAACUGAGUCAUGCAGUCUUUGUUCUGGUAAGUCAGCAGGAUCUGAUUUGUCAGUCAGAGAAGUGCCACCAUUAUUGGUUUGUUGCCAUAUUGGGGAAAAUUAAUCCUUGAGAGAGGAUGCCACAAUCAGGAACAUUUUUGCUAUUGUUACUAUUUCUCUUCCUUGAUGGGGGUGCCUGGCACACAUUCUUGUGUGUAGUGACCCUAGACACUGACUUCAACAGAAGUUCUGAUUUUAACUGUGUUUCAGGGCAAGAUAGAAAUUAUCAGGAAAAUGACGAUUAGGAGGAAUUUUUUUGAGGACCCUCCUGCAAAGUGAGGUGUUCUGGAGGAAAGGAGUUGUCAGCUCUGUGCUUUACCAGCAAAGCUCUGGAGUUCAUGCUUUUAGCUCUUGCUGAAGGCAGUGAGUUCCUGUGUGUGACUGCCUGGCUGAAUGGGAGCUUGUUUUGCUUAAAAAGUGGGGCACAUUGCAGGAAAUUACUUUUGUAGGCAGCCCUGAGUGCUAAUCUGAACUAAAUAGGAAACAGCAUGAGUCAGAAGAGCAUGAGCCAGGCCUGGACACUUGGCUGGAACACAGGCAGGGAAAGGCAAGGCAAUCUGAGCCAUGUGUGCCUCGGCUUUUCUCUCCUGCCCAGGGAUUGUAUGGCAGAGCAGUUGUCAUGCCAGUGAAGGCUUUUAUUCUUGGUCUUUGACCCAUAGUGGGGAUGAGCAGGAAAUGGCAGCGGUUGGAAAGCAGUGAUGGCAAAGCUCACUGGCAAGUCUUACAUGUCAGCACCUGCCAGCAGCUCCCAGCCUGUUGGCAGUUUCCAGGAAAGAAGAAAAUCCUGAUGAGGUUUGGACCCUGCUGUUUUAAACUGUGCUUUCUGGUGUUAAACCUAAAAAGCCCUCACUGCAAGUACAAACAUAGCAUGGGAUCAGCAUGUUGAUUUUGGGGUGGAGCGUGACUGUUGUAUUCAGGUUAUCUUUGGAUAAGGACCCUUGUAGCUCUUGUAAUUUCAUGUUAUGUGGAAGUUACGGAGUUCUGGGGGAUUGCCAAAUCUUUGGAAUAUGAAACUUACUUUCAGCUCCUGGGAAGUGGGAAGCUGCUGUUGGUAGUCCCUGGUCGCAUGGGCCAAGCACAUAUCUCUGUGCUGUGUGUGGAACACAAAGGGAUAAGCUCAGGUGCAACGAGAAAGGUACCACCUUUCCCCGGGGUCACUGGAUGUAGUUUUCCUCAUUUGGAGAUUAAAUUGCCUGAUCUCCCUUCAGACUCCUUCUUUAUCCCUGGGACCGGGCUUAAGGCAAGCUGCAUAUCCCCUUCACCUGGGGAGCAGUACCUGUGCAGGGCCACCUCACUGCACUCUGUAAUUACACAGCCACACAGCCACAUAGUUUUUUUCCACUUUUUUGUUCGGUGCCAACAGUGGAUGUGAAGAGGUCAAUGGAGGUUAUACAGAAAAUUAAAUCUUGACUUUUCCACAACUGCAAGUGACUUCUUUCCUACUGAGAUGAGCCUUGUUAGGAAGGUUGGAAUGUAUUUGCAGACAUUCACAAAGAGACUAAAUAUACUUAGAAAAAAGUGUGUGCAGUAACUCCAGCUUUACAAUAGGAUGUUGAUUUAAUUUUCCUCUUACACAAAUCUUGGAGCAGUUUGUCUAAAUAAGCCUUUCCAAAGCCCUGUAAGGUAGAAUGUUAUUAUGUGAAACAACUGAGGCACAAACUCAGACCGGCAAGGAAUCAGAAUAAUCAGAAUCGUUUGUUCAAAGAAACAAGCUGGUUUUAUACACUUCUUCAAGACACAGUAUUUCCUAAUAUGGUAAUUCUCACUAAGCAACCUAUCACCCAUUGCCACGUCAGCAACACGCUUUCUUAAUAUCCUUCUGUGGGGUGGUCACGGCUGUUCACCCGUCUGUCAGCUUCUGGCAGGCUCCUCUCUGCAGGGCUCUGCCACGUGGGACCUCCUCCCACCAAGGUCAGGCAGAGACGAGCCUCUCUGUGCUGCCAUGUGCUUCUUUGUGCUCCAAUGCGCUCCUGCAGGUGCAUGCCACAGCCUGCAGCUCAACAUCCUGUCUCUGACCACAAUUCCCUCUUUUUUGUUUUAUACAAACAAGAAUCACUAAACAAAACACUCCCAACAUUAGAACAUUCCAACAUUGGCCCACAACCCAAACCAAACAAGCUCCAUUCAUCUUGUUCUUUAAGCUUCCCCAUGAGCUGAUCAUAAAGCCAGAACAACCAAGGCUGGUUGGAUCACUCUUGCAGGAACCCAUUGUUAGAAAUGAUCAAUUCUGCAGACAAAUUUAUAAAAAAUAUUUUACAAAUUUAUUAGAUCUACAACCAAAAAAUAGAAUAUUAUAAAAACGCCACAGCCAAGACAGCGUCAACCCCGGACUUUGACGCUGGGUGAACUUGGGACAGACCAACGUAAUGUCAGCGUCUCCCCAGAGUGUCACACCAACUGCUCCAGGUAUCCAGCUUAUAUACAGUUUAUUCUGCCUGGAGCAGAAAUGACCUAAGAUUUCUGUAAGUUCCUACAUAUGUAUAACGGGAACUAUACAGAUGCAGUCCCGUACAAAAGUCAGUCCAUAGGUUUGGAUGGCUGUCUGGGCUCCUCGAAAUUGUCUUCCUUUUAGCUGUAGCCAGGACGUCUGUUUCUCGAUGUAAUCUCUCCCAGGUGUUGUUUGGUGAAUGUUCUGGACAUUCCUGGGAAAUGGUCAAUGAUCGCCCAGGAAAGACUCAUUCACUCGUUAAUGGUCAUGAUUUUAUCUGGGCAAGUCCGGGAAAUCUUUUGAAAAUGAAAAGCCCUGCUUCUGGCCAUGGGGGUCGGAUGCAUGGUUGGAUCUCUAUAAUUUUUAUACAAUUUCCAAAGCAUGAAUUAUCUACAUCAUGUACUACACCCAUCAUGGACUGGAAUCUGUGAAAACACAAGCAUUACUUUGCCCCCAGGUUAUCAAUGGAAAGGGUCCAAUCUUGACUGGGAGGGUUUCCCCAAAAUAUCUACAAGCAAACCUUUAUUAAUGUAACCAAAAGAAUGCAUAUAAAUUAUAUUAAAUAAUUAUCUUACAACUAAAUUCCUUCAUAAAAACUCUAUGUAUUAAUGCUGUCUGGAUCCAGAAAUAUACUACCAUCACCCAGUUAACCUUAAACCUAAUUAACAGUCAUGUCAAAAUCUACAGCUUAGCGAUAAUUUAAAGUUAGUUUUUAACAAGACAAAAAAAAUACUUAAAAAUACAGGAGCAUCCAUAACAAAAAGCAAUUAGAGCAAUCCAGGGGGUCACAACGUGGUGUGGUAAAAAAGCAGUCUUUGAGAUAGAUUCCAGGCUUGUGGCAACAUUCUAAGUAACAAAAACAGGAUAGUUUCACAGACCAGCAGCAGGAACUUUAUGCCAAGCUUGCAGACACCCCUGCAGAAGAUGGCGGCCUAGUCUCCCUGGGUAAACCCUGCCUUGUGCAGGGAGCAGGGAUGUGGCACUGCACCUGCCAGUGCCACCAGACUACUUGGGUCACUUUCUUACUGCCCACAUGCAGAGAGCUGCCCACAUCCCACCAGACCUGCUCUGUCACUGGCGCAGGGUUUGCUGCCAUCCCCUGGCUGUGUCAUAUGCUUGCCAGCAUGGCACAGCCCUGCCAUGUGCCCAUCACCAUGUGCUUGGCACCUUGCACUCACCACUGCCGCUACAGCGCUGUGCCCCUUCGGCUCCCCACGCCAUCCUGCUGCUGCUGCUGUGACACUCUUGCAGAGGGCAAACAGAGAGGGAACACGGUAUGGCCCACCUGGCUCCAGCUGCUCACUGCAGCUUGGCUCCACCUGAUGGCACAGGGCAGAGCAAGCACUUCUAGGAUACCAUCAGGGUCCCCUCCAGAAUUAAAUGGGUCGGGGAACCAGAAGCCAUCUUCUGGUUCUCCUCCAUCAGCCCCAACAGACAUACGGUAAUUUGCUGGCAGUGCAGAAAGGGUCAGCACAGCUCCUGCAGUGGCACAAGUGUCCUUCAUUGUCCAGUUUGCGGGUGCUGCAUCACCAUGAGUGCCUUGCACACAGUCCACCAUAGAUGCAAAAGCUUUGUCAGCACUGCAUUGACCUGCAUAACUCAGUCCCACAAUGCAUGCCCAAAAGUCUCCCGUGUCCCAGGGUCAAAAAUAUUGGUGUCAUCUAAAGUUGAACCGUAGUCUUUUGCCCAGAAGAAGAGUCUGUCCAAAUCUGUAGGUUCAACUUUCCUGGCGUGCUUUUUUAAAAUCUCUUCUAACGUCUCUGCAACGUUCUGUUCAUUGCCCAUCAUUCUCAGCUGCUACCCUCAGUCUUGCAGAAAAGUUUAUUGGCACCAUGAGCUUCAUUUCAGCUCCUAAGCUUCAUUUCAGCUCCCAGGCUUUUCAGCCACCUGUAAAGUUCAGCUGAGUGUUACUACCAGUGCAACCACUAGUUGCCUAUCAAGUCCCAAUGAGAUGCCAUUUGGGAUGCCAUUUUUAACAACUGAGGCACGGACUCAGACCGGCAAGGAAUCAGAAUUGUUUAUUCAAAGAAACAAGCUGGUUUUAUACACUUCUUCAAGACACAGUAUUUCCUAAUAUGGUAAUUCUCCCUAAGAGAAUUCUCAUUAUCACCCAUUGCCACGUCAGCAACACGCUUUCUUAAUAUCCUUCUGUGGGGUGGUCACGGCUGUUCACCCGUCUGUCAGCUUCUGGCAGGCUCCUCUCUGCAGGGCUCUGCCACGUGGGACCUCCUCCCACCAAGGUCAGGCAGAGACGAGCCUCUCUGUGCUGCCAUGUGCUUCUUUGUGCUCCAAUGCGCUCCUGCAGGUGCAUGCCACAGCCUGCAGCUCAACUCCAUCCUGUCUCUUCCCACAGUUUUGCCCAUUUUAUGCAAGAGAAAGAAAAGCAGGGGGCAAUCCCUGUUGAGAAUAAAGUCCUCUAGUAUUCUGGGAAUCCAAGAGUGAGCAAGUACAGGCAAGGACUUGCUGGCACAUUCAGGAGGAUCACAUUGUUCAAAAUCCUUGCAGAACCAGCAGACGUUUCCAGUAGUGUGUGCUUUGGGAUCUCAGAGAUCUUUCUUUCCUACCUGCAAGGUUGUUUCCUAUCAGCUAGCCCAUGGCAGCUGCGCAGUUCCAGUGGCUGUACAAUUCCAGGUGCCUGCACACAGCUCCCUUUCUCCUCCAAUAGCAGGACACACGUUGCCUUGGAUCAGGGCUCUGGGGCUGCACAUGGCUUGCUGCUUCUGUGAAGGCUGAGUGACCUCUAUGAUUUCCUACUGGGUUUGGGUAUCAAAGCCUCCCUAAUGGGAUACCUGAAGGUAUAGAGAGAGGGAGGGGCAGGAACAACCUCAGAGAUAAACUCCAUUGUGUAGGAGGGUACAGACUCUGGAAUGGCCUCAGGAGGGAGUCAGGCAAUGGUGUGUUAUCUUUGAGGCACUCAAAUCUCAAAUACCAGUUGUCUCCCUAAGGAAAAUGAGGAAAGACACUUUUAAUGUUCCUAGUGUGGCAGAAGCCCUACCCUUAAUAGACAAGAAUCCACACAAGGGCAACAUGUUUUGAAUGGACAAGUUUUGAAUGCCCCAAACCUAGAAAAAUCUUCACUGGCAGUUCAUGCCUCAUUAGGUCUAACAAUAUCUGCUGUGCAGACAAGGGAAGGCCUCUUCAGGAUGUGAUGCAUGGUGGUAACAUCAUCCCAUGAUGCUAAAAUCUUAAAAAGCCUGUUGACUGUUGUACUCUUGUGGGUUUUGGUUGGGGUUUUUUUUUCCCCCAGUGCUAUAAAAUGUCUGGAUUUGAGAUCACUUAUGCCAGCUUUUACGUUUUAAAGAUUCAGGCUAUUUGUUGUUUUUCUCCAGCCCUCAGCUGCCUGUGUCCUAGUAUCACUGAGGACUCUCAGCUCUUCCGUGGUGUACCUUAUAUCAGUAGAUUUCCAGACCUUAGGGCAGUUCAGAAAUGCUUGGGAAAAUACAGUUAGUGUAUUCACAAGCCUGGAAAGCAGAGACAAAGGAAAGCCACCAAAAACACAUUAAAAAGAUCAGAAUCUUCUGACAUUUUAUCUUUUCAAAAUUGAAGGCAGAAGGAACUUGUUAUAUGCUCUGUUAAAAUCUCUAUAAAAUCUUACCUAACUUUGGUCUAAUCUAACCUGUUAGCAGAGAAGCUGUGAUGGGAAGGCAGGGCUUGCUGCUGUUUUGCUGAGUGUGCUGUGCUUGUGGAGGGGAGCUCCAAGCUUCAGUGACAAAGAAAAUGGCUGUGGCAGCUGAGUGGUUCUUCAAAACAUGAUACAAGUGAUGUGUAUUAGGCAUAUUACUGACAUCCACGGAGGCUGAGAAGAGGAGAGCUACCACAGUAAUGUAAUCAGAGACAUUAACACUGGUUGAUGGCAGACCUGGAGAGCAGGAUGUGGACAGGAGAGACCUGGCAGAGCUGAUGCUGGCAGAGAGCUGGCUUGUCCCCAUGGAUGAGAUAAUAUUUGGACAGCCAUGUGUAUGCUCUGUUGCUCAUAACGAGCUCCUCUGAAAGGACCCAACCUUAGGGACUCUUAAAAAGUUAAUGAGCAAAAGGGAAAACAGAAUAGUUUCAUACAUCACUCAGGUGUGGGCUGGAAGGAGGAGUUUUCCUGCAUGAGAAUUCUUGGAGGUCCAAAUAGUCUCUUGUCAUGCUGGGCCAAAAUGUGAAACACUCAGAAAUUGCUCCCUAACUGUAAUAUGAUGGGAAAAAUCCAGUUGAGGUCAAUAAAAUCUUGAUUCCUAACCUUA